GCGCUAGGGCCCCGCGGACGCCGGCGCCGCCGCCUGAGUGGCCUGUUAGGCGGCCGGCGGCGCUCGGCUCCCCGCCGCUCAGGCAGCUGGGCGGCCACUCUGUUUUGAGGUCCUCGCCGCCCUUCCACGUCUCCCGGAAGAGGUAGCCGGCAGGUCCGGGAGCAGCCCGCUGCUGAGGCGGCCCGGGUGGGCGACGAGGCCGUGGCGUUGUGGCUCGGCGUCCUCAGGUUCAUCAGUAGGAUUAUCCUGCUACUAUCAUGUCUUGGUUUGCUGAUCUUGCUGGAAGGGCAGAAGAUCUUUUAAACCGAGUUGAUCAGGGGGCUGCCACAGCUCUCAGAAAGGAGAAUACUAGCAACAUCUUUUAUAGCAAAAAUACUGACUACCCUGAACUGCACCAGCAGAACACAGAUUCACCAUACCAGACUGGACCUAAAGCUAACUAUAUUUCCUCAGCUGCUGAUAACAUCCGACAAAAAGCCACUAUCAUAGCUGGCACAGCAAACGUGAAAGUCGGAUCCAGGACAGCCGGGGAGGCCUCCCAUCCCAAUGAACAUGCAUCUGUCCCUAGGCCUUCAUCGCAGUUUGUUCGAAGGAAAAAGUCAGAGCCUGAUGAUGAGCUGCUGUUUGAUUUUCUUAACAGUUCCCAGAAGGAGCCCACUGGGAGAGUGGAAGUCAAAAAAGAGAAGGGCAAAGUACCAGUCUUUCCAAGCUCUCAGUCCUCAAGUGUCAGUUCUGUGAACACCAGCGUAACCACCAUCAAGGCCACUGAAGAAAAUCCUGGGAGCCAAAGUCCUGAAGGAAAUAGUUCUGAGUCUAUGCCUAAAGGCCACCAGGAAUCCUCAAAGGAAAGCACGGUGGCGGCAUUGAAUGCCACCAACACGGAGCCCAGUCUGCCACCUGGUGACGGCAGCAGCUCCCACGAGCUGUCUAACCUCCGACUGGAGAAUCAGCUGCUCAGGAAUGAAGUCCAGUCUCUAAAUCAGGAAAUGGCCUCAGUACUUCAGAGAUCCAAGGAAACUCAAGAAGAAUUAAAUAAGGCAAGAGCAAGAGUUGAAAAAUGGAACGUUGACCAUUCCAAGAGUGAUCGGAUAACUCGGGAGCUCCGAGCCCAAGUCGAUGACCUUACUGAAGCAGUGGCUGCCAAGGAUUCCCAGCUGGCUGUCCUCAAAGUGCGACUGCAGGAGGCUGACCAGGUGCUGAGUUCCCGCACAGAAGCACUGGAAGCCUUACAGAGUGAAAAGUCGCGAAUAAUGCAGGAUCACAAUGAAGGCAGUAGCCUACAGAAUCAAGCCCUGCAAACUCUUCAGGAGAGGCUGCAUGAAGCGGAUGCCACUCUGAAGAGAGAACAAGAGAGCUACAAACAAAUGCAGAGUGAGUUUGCUGCACGCCUUAAUAAAAUGGAAGUGGAACGUCAGAAUUUGGCAGAAGCGGUUACUCUGGCAGAAAGAAAGUACUCUGAGGAGAAGAAGAAGGUUGAUGAGCUCCAGCAGCAAGUCAAGCUACACAGGUCAAGCUUGGAGUCUUCUAAGCAGGAGUUACUUGACUACAAGCAGAAAGCUACAAGGAUCCUCCAGUCUAAAGAAAAAUUGAUAAACAGCUUAAAGGAAGGCUCCAGUUUUGAAGGCCUAGAUAGCAGUACUGCUAGCAGCAUGGAGCUAGAAGAACUUCGGCAUGAGAAGGAGAUGCAAAAGGAGGAGAUCCAGAAGCUAAUGGGCCAGAUACAUCAGCUGAAAUCUGAGCUACAGGAUAUGGAGGCUCAGCAGGUUAGUGAAGCGGAAUCAUCGAGAGAACAGUUACAAGAUCUGCAAGACCAGAUAGCUAGGCAGAAAACAUCUAAACAAGAGCUGGAGACGGAGCUGGACCGGAUGAAACAGGAAUUCCAUUACAUGGAAGAAGAUCUGCAUAGAACAAAGAACACACUGCAGAGCAGAAUUAAAGAUCGAGAGGAAGAAAUUCAGAAACUAAGGAAUCAGCUUACCAACAAAACUUUAAGCAACAGCAGCCAGUCAGAGCUAGAAAGCCGACUCCAUCAGCUGACGGAGACACUCAUCCAGAAGCAGACCAUGCUAGAGAGCCUGAGCACAGAAAAGAACUCGUUGGUCUUCCAGCUUGAGCGCCUGGAGCAGCAGGUGCACACUGCCUCCACCGGGCCCAGCAGCGGAUCCUCCAUUAACAUGUCUGCAGUUGACAGUGGUGAAGGGACACGCCUUCGGAAUGUUCCUGUUCUUUUUAACGACACAGAAACUAAUUUGGCAGGAAUGUAUGGAAAGGUUCGCAAAGCUGCUAGCUCCAUUGACCAAUUUAGUAUUCGCUUGGGAAUUUUUCUCCGAAGAUACCCCAUAGCACGAGUGUUUGUGAUUAUCUAUAUGGCUUUGCUUCACCUCUGGGUCAUGAUUGUCCUGCUGACUUACUCACCAGAAAUGCACCAUGACCAACCGUAUGGCAAGUGAACUGAGCCGCUGGUUCCCAAGAGUGCCUGCCAUUGUCCAGAGCUGGGGUCUGCAGAAAGACCAACACCUAAGACUGCUUGGAACAGUGCACAAGAUGCUUUCCUCACGGAAAGCUUUUAAUCUUUAAGUUAUUACUCUGGUGUCUGGCUCUCCCUGAUUUCCAUAAGAGUCUCUAAAUUCAGACAGUAAUUGGACAAAUUCGACUCUGCUUUUUCUGAGUACAGUUAGUUGCCCUAGAUAUUGAGAGAGAGAGAGAGAGAGACACACACACACAGAGAGAGACACAGAGAGAGAGAGAGAACGAGAACCCUGGGGGUUGUUGCUCUGUACAGACCUUUCUAUAUUUUAGAUGACACUGAUUAUGGGUUAUAAUCAGGGAAACUAAUUGUAUUUAGGGAUAAAAAUAAAAAGAUUUCUUUUUUAAUAACUUA